AUGGACUUUCAGAAUCGCUUUGGACUCAAGGUUUCGCAGUGCGAGGCAAUCAUUGGCUACACAUUCAAAUCGAAGCUCUUCUGCGCCGAGGCGCUCAACGCCGCUGCAGACCCCCAGGCCGUUUACACCAUGAAUGGUUUCUUUAAAAAAAUGCCAAAGAACGAUCGACUUGCAAUCUAUGGUGAUGCAGCUGCAGCCUGCCACCUGUGUGAUUUGUGGGUGCAGAGUGGCCUCGACAAACACUGCUGGACUACUCUACGACGCCAGCUUCUCGGAAAUGAUAAUCUUGGCGGUGUGGGUAUGAGGUUUGGUCUUGACGCUUGCAUCAAUGCGAACGGUGGCACUACCAGGAUCACUUUUGGCAUGGUUGCAACUGCCCUUGAAGCCGUUCUUGGUGCGGUUGAGAGAGACGGAGGCCAUGAUGCACUCGCCAGUGUCAUGGACCAUCUCGGUCUUACAAGCCACGCUUUGCUUUCGUCCCCUCGUGGCUGCCCCAAGUUUGUUUCUUACAUGGAAACCUUGACGCUUAUAUGUGAUGGGUGUUUCGGCCCUCAUAACCUUCUCCUUGGAAACUGGCUCGAGUUUCUCUGA